ACAGGGAGGUGAGUAUGGGGUGGAAAGGGGCCUGGAGCACCCCAGGGCUGAGCUGAGAUGUGGUGUCCUCCCCGAGGGGAUCUCCAGCCUCAUCCCUGUGAGCUGGGGGAGGCUUCUUGCACCUCUUUCCCAGCUCUUGCUACUGUCCCACCUUCAUGGAAGUGGCUGCAGUCUCUGCCUACUGUGAGGUGAUGGGGGUCCCUCCAAAGGGACCAGAAGGGACUCCAGAGGGACAGAAGCUGUGUCCCUCCCGAUGCCCCCAUCCAAGAAAUCCUCCUCAUUCCCCUUCUUUCCAGGCCCCAGUAUCCCAAAAGCAGCGUGGCUCUGUGCAGAGGUGCAGUGCUGUGCUCUGUGCCGGUCACUCGGGAGGCCAAGGAUGGUGUGGGAGGCAGGGAUGCUUUGUUGGCACCAAAGAGCAGCUCCAGAGCUCUCCCCCUGCCAGCAGUGGGGCUCUGGGGGGUUUUGCAGCACAGUUUGGAGUCAGGGAACUGAAAUUCCGUACUUUGGUUUCACUGCCUGGCACUGGGGCAGAGCUGGGCACAGUGUGGGGUUCCCAGUGCACCCUGUUUGGUGUGUGUUGGUUCCAGUGCAGUGUCCCCCCCUCGGGACUCCCUGUGCCCUCUGCUUCCAGCUUGACCAGAGCAGCAGAGGAGCCUUCUGCGGCUGCGGGGCCGCGGGCCAGGGCUGCUCCUUCCUCCAGAUCCCACCUUCCUCCUCCUCUCUGCCUGCUGUGGACAGAACCAGCUCCUCAGAGCAGAGGUAGGACCUUUCCCCUGGGGGUGUCACCAGGGCCGAGUGACAAGGAGGGGUCCCAGAGGAAAGGAGGGGGCUCUGCUGCUUUGCCUGGGGGCUGCUGGAGCUGGGGUCUGGGACAGCCCCUCUCCAAGGGGUGCUUUUUCUCCAUGGGGUGCCUGGCAUGGCCAGCUGGAGUGGGGGGAGCUCAUCUUGAGGGUCCCCUCCAGCUGGAGGGGCUGAGCCCCCUGGGAUGUGAAACUUGGAGAGGAUCCAAGGGCUGCCAUGGGGCGGGGGCUUGGCAGGGUGAGCAGAGGGGUGUGACGGCUCGUUUGGAGGCAGUGAGGAGUGUCUUGGCUGGGGAGUUGGGGCUGUCCUGGCUACACCAGGCAUUCAGGGACAAAAUCCUAAAAUCUGCCGGUACAUGUUUUUGACUGGACUUUUUGAUUGGACUAAUAUCCAGUGCAAACACUCGAGGAUCCCUAAAAUAAUUUAUGAGCUGCCUUUCCUCUUCUCCCAUCUCCUGGGAGCCCACAUCCCAUCUCCCGGGCAUGUGAAAGCUGCUGGGAUCUGGCUGGCGGGGCCACACGUGUCCCCGCCGGUCCCCGGCAGCGUGCCCGGCCGUGGCCAGCCGCCUUCGGCUGCAGUCCAGCCCCGGACUGUAAAACCCGCCCAGGGCGAGCAAACAGCCCCGCGGGGCAAUGUCCGACCCCUGCCCCUUGCCCUGCUGCGUGACUGAGCACGGGGACCUGGGGACACCGGCACGGUCCGCCGGACGUCACCUCUGCCUCCCGUGUCCCGCAGGCUCGGCGGAGCUGAGGACAGGCAGUGAGCCCGCAGGACAGCAGGUUCCAUUGUCAGGCCAUGGCAGUCCAGCCUGUCAGGGCACAGAAGCCCUUCCACGUCGUUACACCCGUUCUGGAGAGCCUGCCCCUCUCCAAGGCCGUGGGCACCAAGGUCUUCAUGAAGCUGGAGAACGUCCAGCCCUCGGGAUCCUUCAAGAUCCGGGGCAUCGGGCACUUGUGCCAGGAUGCUGCCAAGAAGGGCUGCCACCACUUCGUGUGCUCCUCAGGAGGAAACGCGGGUCUGGCAGCGGCGUACGCAGCUCGGGAGCUGGGGCUGCCCAUCACCGUGGUGGUCCCCAGCAGCAGCGGCCCCACCCCCGUGCGCAAACUGGAGGAACUGGGGGCCACAGUCGAGGUCUAUGGCAAGGUGUGGGAUGAUGCCAACAGGAGAGCCCAGGAGCUGGCUAGGACAGAGGGCUGGGUCAACAUCCCCCCCUUCGAUCACCCCUUGGUGUGGGAGGGUCACUCCAGCCUGGUCCGGGAGCUGAAGGACUCUCUGGAGGCCAAACCAGGCGCCGUGGUGGUGGCGGUGGGUGGCGGGGGGCUGCUGGCCGGUGUGGUGGCCGGCCUGCAGCAGGUGGGCUGGCAGGAUGUCCCCAUCAUCGCCGCCGAGACGCUGGGAGCCCACAGCUUCCACGAGGCGCUCAAGGCUGGCCGGCUCGUCACCCUGCCCGACAUCACCAGCGUGGCCACCUGCCUGGGAGCCAAGACGGUGGCGGCGCGGGCGCUGGAGUGCGCCCGGGAGUGCGCGGUGAUCUCGCAGGUGGUGCAGGACGCGGAGGCCGUGCGCGCUGUGGAGCAGUUCCUGGAUGACGAGCGGCUGCUGGUGGAGUCGGCGUGCGGGGCGCCCCUGGCCGUGCUCUACUCGGGGCGGCUGCAGCGGCUGCAGCAGGAGGGGCGGCUGCGGACCCCGCUGGACUCCGUGGUGCUCGUGGUGUGCGGGGGCAGCAACACGCACAUGGCCCAGCUGCGGGCCCUGAAGAGCCAGCUGGGCAUGGAGUGACCCCGCCCGGGUGUGGCAGGGCGUGCGACAGAGCCCGGCUGGCACACCCUGCUCGAAAUAACCAAAAUAAAGCCUGGGGACGCGGG